UACUGUAAACCUGAAUUUCUUUUGAUGCCGGCAAGCACAGCUGAAAUGAGAACAGCAUCUGCUGUGAAAUGAAAUAAGCGACCCCACAUUUGUAAUAGCAAAAAAAAAAGUAAAAAGGUUGGAAUUCUCCUUUUCACUCGUAAGACAUAUAUAUCAUGAACGCGUGACUGUCGCUCCUACACUCUGGUUCGAUUCUAAUGUAACCCAAUGGCAUCAGUUGUAAAAAAAAGAUGAAAUGUCAUUAUACACUACAAUAAGUGAUGUGAAUAGUUCAAUUAUGAAUAAUGUAUUUCCUUCCUUUUCUUUUCCUUUGUGUUCUUUUAUAUAAUGCAGACUGAUAACAACCAUCGUAGAAUGUCCCUAACAAUGCUUCUUGUAUCUGAAGAACCUUCCAAGCCAAACAAUAAUGAACCAAUAACCAAAAGUGUCAAAGAUCGAAGAAUAAGAAACAAGACAGCUUCUGCCAAAUACAGAGCAAAAAAGACCAGCCAGUACAGAGAGAUGCAAAAGACUAUACAGGAUCUGCUACAACAGAAUACGCUUUUGCGCAAAAAGUUAGAACAAUACCAAGAAGAUAUCCCUGUUUCCUGUUCAGGUGCUAAUAGUAGCCAAGCAACCGAUCAUUUACUGCCCACGUUUAAAUACGGUGACGAACUUGUUGCAUAUUCUAGCACUGAUAAAUUUGAUACUUAGCUCGGUUCAUUAGCCCGGCAUUAAUAAUUAUUUAAAUAAAAUGUAUACCAUCCGAGCUUACACUUCUUAUGCAGCGAAUCACUAUGGCCCGGUGGCUUUUUUUUAGACACAGCAUUACAAAAAUAUUUCUUUUUUGCUUUUUAUUUUUGUUUGUUAAACUAAUAUUCAAAUGGCUUUCAAAAAGAGGGAACA